AUGUCGCUGCAAUUCGACUACAUGGCAUCCUACAUGAACGGCACGGCGCCAGGCCAGACCCCGCCCCCGCCGGGCGGCACAGGCCCCUACCUGACCUGGGUCAACGUCGGCAUCGGCCUCCUGUUCAUCGUGUUUGAUGCGCUGCUCUCGGGCAUCCUGGGGCUCGGUAUCGGCCGCUCGCUCGUCAUCUCGGCGCUGCGGUGCAUCAUCCAGCUCAGCGCGAUGGGUUUGGUGCUGGGCCGCGUGUUUGCAAGCCACAACAUUUGGGCCGUGGCGGGGAUUGCCCUGCUGCUCAACGUGCUCGGCGCGAUCGAGGCCGUGUUCAACAAGGCGAAGAAGCGGUUCACCAACAUGUUCCCCUUCAUCCUACUCUCGAUGCUGUGCGGCACCAUCCCCAUCUCGAUCCUCGGCUCAGAGUUUGCCAUGGCGCAGCGCCCCUUCUGGCAGCCAGACCAGUACAUCCCCAUCCUCGGCAUGCUGCUCGGCAACGCGAUCAGCGCGAUCGGAGUCGCGAUCAACACGAUCAACAAGGAGUUCUCAGACAACAAGGACAAGGUCGAGACGUACCUCGCCAUGGGCGCCAGCCGCUUCGAGGCCGUCAAGCCCAUCGCGACCGAGGCGCUGACGCUCGCCCUCCUCCCGACUAUUAACCAGAUGAGCAUCAUCGGGCUGAUUUCCAUCCCCGGCAUGAUGACGGGUGCUAUUGUCGGCGGAAAGAGCGUCGAGCAGGCCGCUAGGCUGCAGAUGAUCAUCAUGUUCAUGAUUUCGGCGUCCUCGGCGCUGUGCGUCCUUGUCGCCGAGUUCUUCGCCCUCACGACUCUCGUCGACGGUAAGCAGCGUGUCCGCUCGGACAGACUCGACUCGCGCAAGCCCGCCCUCUACAGAGCCAAGGACCGCGCCGUCGAGGCGAUCGAGCGCGGGUUCCGCCGCCUCUUGUGCUUUGGCAAGCGCGAGUCGGGCACCGAGGAGGAGAGGCAGGGCUUGCUCAGCGGCCAGCAGGGCGGCAAUGGCACUCGCCCGCAUACCCCCAUCCCGCCCAACAUCUGCAACUAG